AUGGAUUCUCAGGGUCCUGCACCUCAGAUGAAACUGUCAGCGAUUGACCAAAGCAAAGAUGACCGGGGGUCAUUCUCUACUCCGACAAUAGGUAAAUGCAAGUACAAGGCCAAAGACAAAAGAGAACGGUUCGAGGAUAUUUGCCCUCAUACCGGUGCCGACUCGUCAUCUCCGAAACCUCAAGGGAUACUGGCGACUCACGCGAGAUUGUCAAGUAUAAGUAUGAAUGACAUAUCGGAUCCACAAAUCUCGGCUUCGACGUUGAUUCCGACUAUAGCGCCGGUUGCACUAGGUUCCUCCAUGAUUUCGCAGCCCAAUGCGGCCUUGCGGAUGAGCCAACAAUAUUUUCAAUGUGAGCCACCAUUUCAGGAGCCUCAAGCACCCGCGCUGCAGAAUUAUGCGAUGUAUGGUCUUGCGGGGUACCCGUUCGCCUUUUCUCCAUCUUUGCAAGGUUUGAGUGCAUCGAAUGUCACUCCUUUCAUGUCGUCCGCAUCGCAGGCGCAGUCCUCUGGCCUGGUUACGCCAUCCGAUAUAGCUCCAUGCAGCAGUAUGAUCGGUGGAUACUCUUCCGCCAUCAGCCAAUCUUCGUCAAUUCUGGACUCGUUCGUUCCAAACCAUGCACCGCAGGGGUAUCUUCAAGUCGGUGGCCAAAUGGCGGCUGUCAAUCACCCACUGCUCUCAAUGGGGCCUUUCCUGGAAUCCUCACUGCGCAAUUCCCUGAGCCAAAUCUCGAUCGAUUAUGCAGCCCUAUCAACUCAGCUUACAAGUCUCGAUAGAUACAUGGCCAUGCAUACUUGGGAUAUGGAUCCCUGCGCGAAGAAGUCCCUGGUCGAACAGCGGAAGAGUUUGGUGCGAGAGUUAGAUGUGGUGCGGUCGUACAAAGAGCAGUUGGAAGCAACCCUCAGAGUCUCGAAUGAACCUGGGAAUCAGAAGGAAAAGAGGGCUGGCGCCGCAGCCCAAUCGAACAAUUGUUUGUCUCAAAGUAUGAUGACCAAUCAAUUCCAUCUGGAAAUACCCCCUUCUGCUUCACAAUAUGCGGUACCUGGAUUUUCCAUGCUAUCACCGGUCAGUUCUGUGCCACCAGUUCUCCCAGCCGACCAGUAUAUGGACCCGUAUUUUCAGUGGCAGGCCAGUCAAAAUGUGGGAAGUCUGGACAAUUAUUUUGAAUUUCAAAACUUAUCCUCAGGAUGCAAUGCUUCGAUGGCUUCUAGGUUAUCCCAACGCAAUCGGAAGUCUAACUCCGGAUCGGAGUUUGCCAGAGCCAAUACACGAGCUAGAGAUCUCGUUGACAGUAAGGCAAGAGAUGGAAAAACAGGCGUCAAUGACGGCCGGACGUCCUUUUCGAAACCGUCAUCCUCCGAACCCCGCGGUACAGAGCAUAUGAUGGGGGAUGCCAUGCGAAAGGUUGAUCCCGUCAACGAACUUAUUCAAGGACUGUCACGAGUCUCAAUACAAUCGACGUUGUCAGACACCCAUAGCUACAGUGAGAAAAACGCAAAAGUCCAGUCCUACCUUCCAAGGAAAUCGUCCACGGAGUUGAUCAAAGGCGCCGGGACUUACAGGCCGGUUGUACCACGUCUCAGAAGACCUUGGGCAUCUGAAAUGCCAAUCCAACGAGCGCCCAUCCGGCGUCGCGAGAUGUCUUUCAAAACAGAUGAGGAUGCCGAUAGCAAGUCAUCGUCGUCCUAUACAUCGACAACGGAUUCAUGGGCUACUGGUCGUAGCGAGGACAAGCGUUCGGUAGGCGGGGACUCGGUCCACGGCCAACAGAGCGGAAACGAUUUGGAAUCGCAUCAGGAAAGUCGACGCUAUUCCAACCUAGCUCCCGCAAUAGAUACGGUGCACACUGCGCAGCUUUCAACUGCUAGUGCGUCGAAUUCGAAAAGUUCACAGUCGCAUAGCACAAUCGCAUAUGAACCGCGUCCUUCUACUUCAGCGACUAGUAUGACUGAUUUGAGCGAAGAAACGAGCUCUGUCAACGCGAAGCAGGCCAACCCCCAACUACUCACGCAGUACUUGAACAAGGAUCACGGCUUGCUUGUUCAGAAAUCUACGGCAUUAGCAGUGUCUCAAAAUGUCAAUGCCCAUGCGUUCCUCGCUGGUGUUGAAGGCAUGCUAAACAGACCUUAUCUGGGCGAUAUCAGUCAUAGUGACGACAAGAUGCAGGCCCUGGCCCAGCACGCAAAGCUGGGAAAAGUUUGA